AUGAAACUGAGUCUCUUCUCUGCUGUUCUGGCCCUGCUGCUUGGCAUUUCAGCACAAAACGACUCCUUGGUGCAACUGCAUGAGGAAGGUGUGAAGACCAAGGAGGCUGUCCAUUUAGACAUAACUUCAAGAAUUCUGGAGGCAAAUAAAGGCGUCAACCGUGUUCUGGCGGAAGGUGAUGUCGCUCUGUCAAAGAAGAGGAAUGCCAUGAAAUGCCUGAGUGGCUACUGCAAAUGGAAAAAGUCCUACAAUGGACUGGUUGAAGUACCCUACAGCAUCAGUGAUUACUUCUAUGAUAGUGAAAAGGCCACAAUUGAGAAAGCUAUGCAAACUUUCCACGAGAAAACCUGCAUUCGCUUUGUCCCUCAUCAUGGCCAGUCUGACUACCUGAGCAUUGAGAGUGAACUUGGGUGCUGGACUACCGUUGGCAGAGAUGGAGGGCAGCAGGUGGUUUCUCUGUCUGUGUUUGGCUGUCUUCAUCGUGGCAUCAUUCAGCACGAGCUCCUCCACACACUGGGCUUCCACCAUGAGCAUAACAGGAGUGACAGGGACCAGUAUGUCAGGAUCAACUGGGAAAAUAUCCCAGCAGCAAAUUCCUUUGACUUCCACAAAAAGGACACCAGCAACUUGAACACACCAUAUGACUAUUCAUCUGUUAUGCAUUAUGGAAGGACUGCCUUCUCAUCAGGAGGAGACACCAUUACUCCCAUUCCAGAUCCCUCUGUGCCAAUAGGACAGAGGGAUGCCAUGUCUGAUAUUGAUAUCCUAAGGAUCAAUAGGUUAUACGAAUGCAGCAUUUGAAAGACAAUGAAGGCAAUUCAAAGCUGUUUUCUCAAAAAUCUUAAUGAGCAGCAAUGUGUGCAAUCAUUAAUGUAUAUAACUGAUUAUUCAUUCAUAUAAAAAUCCCACCAAUCAAAUAAAUAUUUCAAUUAA